GUGUGUGUGCAAGUGUUGUGGGUUGUAGAAGUUAUCAAGUGGGAUUUGCGGCGUGCUCUCUGCAGGAAACGAACGCGGCUCCAGUUCAAAGUCACACGCACCAACGUGACAUAUAAGCCAUUAAAAUAUCAUCCUGGCGGUUCCUUUCUGCUUCAUCAUAUAUUCCCCAACUGCUCCUACAAAGCAGGGAAAAGAAGAAAUGAAGGAUGACCGCCUCGAUGGAGUCGCUAAAGAGGUCUUUUGGUUUCGUUUGAUCCAUCCACUGCCCACCCCAGACCCCCAACCUCUCCUCUUCUCCCUCCCCCCUUUCCUCGUCUUCUUUUUUUCCGGUCGGUUCUUCUGUCAUGCUAGGCAGAAAUGAGGGGACCUCUGCUGCAACAGGUGGCCUGGGGAACCGGGUCAGGAAAUAAGGCACAAGUUUGCCCCUUGUAAUGAGGAAAAGAAAACGGCUUUACAGAGCCCCCUCGGAACAGUCAAGUAGCUACCCCGGACACCAUGCUCCCCACCACCACCACCACCACCACCACCACCACCACUCAGAAGCCGGGACUCACUCGCUUUUCACUGGACUCCACCAUGAGCAACCUCCCCAUGCAACUCCAGGUGGCCAUCUAAACGGACAGAUAAGACUGGGGCUACCUGGAGAAAUGUACGCCAGGUCUGAGCCUUUCACUCCAGUGCCAGCCUCCAGGACAGACCCUUUCGCCGCUUCUUCUUUCCACGGCUACGGUGGCAUGAACCUGAACGUCAAUUUGGCCCCCCAUCACGGCCCGGGGGCUUUCUUCCGUUACAUGAGGCAACCCAUCAAGCAAGAGCUGAUCUGCAAGUGGAUCGAACUGGAUCAGACGCCCAAAAAAUUAUGCUCGAAAACUUUUACCACCAUGCACGAACUGGUGACUCACGUCACGGUGGAACACGUCGGCGGGCCCGAGCAGUCCAGCCACAUCUGCUUCUGGGAAGAGUGUCUCCGCGAAGGGAAGCCUUUCAAGGCCAAAUACAAACUGGUCAACCACAUCCGAGUCCACACCGGCGAGAAGCCUUUUCCUUGCCCUUUCCCGGGAUGUGGGAAAGUCUUCGCGCGCUCCGAGAAUCUCAAGAUCCAUAAAAGGACGCACACAGGCGAAAAGCCCUUCAAAUGCGAGUUCGAAGGCUGUGAGAGGCGCUUCGCCAACAGCAGCGACCGGAAGAAGCAUUCCCACGUGCACACCAGCGAUAAGCCCUACAACUGCAAAGUGCGAGGCUGCGACAAAUCCUACACGCACCCCAGCUCCCUGCGGAAGCACAUGAAGGUCCACUGCAAGUCCCCUCCGCCCAGCUCGGGUUACGAGUCGUCCACCCCUUCGCUAGUGUCGCCCUCGUCGGACUGCGGCCGCGACCCCCCGCAGCCUCCGCCCCCGCCGCCUCCCCAGCCGCCCGCCGCUGCUGCCGCCGCCUCCUCCACGCAGGCCGCGGCCAACCUGAGCGAAUGGUACGUGUGUCAGAGCUCAGGGGCCAGCGGCAUCCCGACGCCCCCCAGUAACUCUCCGUCGCCUCGCCCGGGAGAGGCCGCCUACACGAACUGCGGGGAGGCCCGGCCCAAUUACUAGAGGC